CACAGAGCCCACCUCUUCCUGUCGGUGUCAGAAAGGCAACUUCACCAUAUUUAGCUGGCUGGCUGAAGCUCUGCAGAGUUGAUCUGUCAACCAGCUUGGAAAUCUUGACAUUUAUCGACAGAAACAGCGCGGUGUUGACAGUUCUUUUUGGCCCCGGGAUACAGAUUACAGAGGACGACGUCGUCGGAAUACAGCGCUUGCGAAAGGGCCCCGUGUUAACAGCUGUUUUUAACGCCAUAAAAGUAGCCGUCGCCUGUCAGAAUUCCAACUAUAUCAACCGAGCUAACCAGCUUGCUAAUUAUUGUAGCUGCCCCGACGCUCGCUGUCACGUAGAUACGAAUUUAUGUCGUCCUCGCUAUUGUCCAGCUAUUGGUAAGAAAUUAUUUGGACUCACUGACCCCGCUGUGAUGAUAUCCUGACAGCUUCACUCGUCUGUUCCUGCCACUUUCCUGAGCCUGGCUAGCGAGCUAACUUUGCUAACUAGCGGGUUCUCACUGCUACAGUGUCUUUGAGCAGCCAGUGUCUUUUGCCGUGGCAGUGAAAUAGGAUUUCAUACGUUGACCGUUGGAAAACGGUGGUUUGCGGAGACGCCGAACACCCUGGGCCGGUGAAACGACACCACUGAAGGGCCCCUUUUGACAGUACGUGAGGAGUGGGGGGUUGAUACCAAAGACUAGGACACUCGGUCAAUUAGCGCGCUGCUGGGGCGCUGUGCUGAAGGAGACACCGGAGUCAACGGAGGAGUUCCAGACGUUUGACAUCUGUGAUCCGGGAAGUGAACCGGGCAGGGACCUCAUGAAUGGAAAUCGGAACUACAGGAGCCGUUGGGGCCCAGUCCCUAUUCUCCAUGCCUCGGCGGCCUGGCUAUGGCACCAUGGGGAAGCCGAUCAAGCUGCUGGCCAAUUGCUUCCAGGUGGAGAUCCCAAAGAUGGAUGUCUACCUCUACGAGGUGGACAUCAAGCCUGACAAGUGCCCACGGCGAGUCAACAGGGAGGUGGUUGACUCUAUGGUGCAGCACUUCAAGGUGACAAUUUUUGGGGAUCGAAGGCCAGUCUAUGAUGGAAAGAAGAGUCUGUACACAGCCAACCCACUGCCUGUGGCACCCACAGGGGUGGACCUUGACGUCACUCUUCCAGGUGAGGGAGGGAAAGAUCGGCCCUUCAAAGUGUCCAUUAAGUUUGUGUCUCUGGUCAGCUGGCACAUGCUCCACGAGGUGCUGACUGGACGCAGCAUGCCUGAGCCCCUUGAGCUGGACAAGCCUAUCAGCACCAACCCUGUGCACGCAGUGGAUGUCGUGCUGCGACACCUGCCCUCCAUGAAGUACACUCCAGUAGGUCGAUCCUUCUUCUCAGCUCCAGAGGGCUAUGACCAUCCUCUGGGAGGUGGGAGGGAGGUUUGGUUUGGCUUUCACCAGUCUGUGCGCCCUGCCAUGUGGAAGAUGAUGCUCAACAUUGAUGUGUCUGCCACCGCCUUCUACAAAGCCCAGCCAGUUAUUCAGUUCAUGUGUGAAGUGUUGGAUAUCCACAACAUAGACGAGCAGCCUCGCCCUCUCACAGACUCUCACAGAGUCAAAUUCACCAAAGAAAUCAAAGGUCUGAAGGUGGAGGUGACGCACUGUGGAACCAUGAGGAGGAAGUACCGUGUUUGCAACGUGACCCGUCGGCCAGCCAGCCAUCAAACGUUCCCUCUGCAGUUGGAGAAUGGUCAGACUGUAGAACGUACUGUAGCCCAGUACUUCAGAGAGAAGUACAACCUGCAGCUCAAAUACCCACACUUACCCUGUCUACAGGUGGGCCAGGAGCAAAAGCACACCUACCUGCCCUUAGAGGUGUGUAACAUUGUAGCUGGCCAACGGUGCAUUAAAAAGCUGACAGAUAAUCAGACCUCCACAAUGAUUAAAGCCACAGCUCGCUCUGCACCUGACAGACAAGAGGAGAUCAGUAGGCUGGUGCGCAGUGCCAACUAUGAAGCAGAUCCUUUCGUGCAGGAAUUCCAGUUCAGAGUGCGCGACGAGAUGGCCCAUGUGACGGGGCGAGUGCUACCCGCCCCCAUGCUGCAGUACGGCGGCAGGGUGAGCACAGAGCACUUUAUGAACCGCACUGUAGCCACGCCCAGCCAUGGGGUUUGGGACAUGAGGGGAAAGCAGUUCCACACUGGGGUGGAGAUUAAGAUGUGGGCUAUUGCUUGCUUCGCCACACAGAGGCAGUGUCGCGAAGAAAUUCUCAAGGGUUUCACUGAUCAGCUGCGUAAAAUCUCAAAAGACGCUGGGAUGCCUAUCCAAGGCCAGCCAUGUUUCUGUAAAUACGCCCAGGGAGCGGACAGUGUUGAGCCCAUGUUCAGACAUCUGAAGAACACUUAUGCUGGACUGCAGCUCAUCAUCGUCAUCCUGCCGGGAAAAACUCCAGUCUAUGCUGAGGUGAAGCGAGUGGGAGACACCCUUUUGGGCAUGGCAACCCAGUGUGUUCAGGUGAAGAAUGUGGUGAAGACGUCACCUCAGACACUCUCCAACCUCUGCCUGAAGAUCAAUGUGAAGCUGGGAGGCAUAAACAACAUCCUGGUGCCUCACCAACGACCAUCAGUGUUUCAGCAGCCAGUUAUCUUCCUGGGGGCAGAUGUUACACAUCCGCCAGCUGGAGAUGGGAAGAAACCUUCAAUCGCAGCAGUGGUUGGCAGCAUGGACGCACACCCUAGCAGGUACUGUGCCACUGUGCGAGUCCAGAGACCCAGGCAGGAGGUAAUCCAGGACCUGGCCUCUAUGGUGCGGGAACUUCUCAUCCAGUUCUACAAGUCAACCCGGUACAAGCCCACCAGGAUCAUUUUCUACAGGGAUGGAGUUUCAGAAGGCCAGUUCAGACAGGUGCUGUAUUAUGAGCUGCUGGCCAUCCGUGAGGCCUGUAUUAGCCUGGAGAAGGAGUACCAGCCAGGCAUUACCUACAUUGUUGUGCAAAAACGCCACCACACACGCCUCUUCUGUGCCGACCGCAACGAGAGAGUUGGACGCAGUGGAAACAUUCCUGCUGGUACCACUGUGGAUACAGACAUCACGCAUCCCUACGAGUUUGAUUUUUAUCUGUGCAGUCACGCUGGAAUACAGGGCACCAGCCGCCCCUCCCACUACCACGUACUGUGGGACGACAAUUGUUUUACUGCUGAUGAGUUUCAGCUGCUCACCUACCAGUUGUGCCACACCUAUGUGCGCUGUACCCGCUCAGUCUCCAUCCCCGCGCCAGCCUACUAUGCCCACCUGGUGGCCUUCCGUGCCCGCUACCAUUUGGUGGACAAAGAGCAUGACAGUGCUGAGGGCAGCCACGUGUCUGGUCAGAGUAACGGUCGAGACCCCCAAGCGCUGGCCAAAGCUGUUCAGAUUCACCAUGACACACUGAGGACCAUGUACUUCGCCUGAGCGAACAACAACCCUCCCAAACCAUUACCACCUUUAACACACUUACACACACACACACACACAAAAACCAACCAUGCACGCUGGGCUUGCCAGUCAAGGAGUCCUCAUAGGUGCAUGUCCCACCCCCCCACAUGCCCAGUCAAUCCGGACCUGACACUGUGCAGAGGAAAACAGGAAGGAGGGAGGGGAGGAGGCACCCCCACACUGGACUAGAGAUGCAAACGCUGCUUUAAAAAAACACAAGAAAAACUCAGCACUAUUAUGCAAUAUUAAACCAGCCAACUAGUUUAUUUCCACUCUUAUCAGGCCCCCUUUCAAAGCCCCUCCGGUCUGUUUUUCACUGUUUGUCUCCUUGUGGCCAAAUGGGUGUUUUUUUUUUUUGUUUGUUUUUUUUUGUCUUUUUACUUUCCCCCUCUUUCGGCACAGUCUUUAAUAGUCUCUUAUUCUGCUUCUUUUGCCAUUUCUAGUACCUCAAGUCAGUUUGAGCAGCAGCACUUUUACAUUCUUUCAGUUUUACUGUAGCUUGUCCCCGAGGUUUGAAACGAGGGGGAGAUGUGUUGAAUUAUUUUGGAGUACAGUUUCACAGACCACAGGUCCUCCCAUUUGCCACUUUUAUGUUUCCUCUAUUUUUCUGUCACUUUUCAUCAACAUGUUGUGUGGAGCCACGUGUUCUUUUGAGCACACUGCCAUCUGUUGGCGACGAGGUAUAAAUGCCCCCUUACAGUCACAACAAGAACUUGUUGUCCUGUAAGUUUUAGAUGAAUUUUACAUAAUUGUAAGAGUCAGUUGUUAUAUUUGAACUGGGGCUGUUUUAUAUUGGCUGAUAUAUCAAUUGCUGAAUUGCAGCCAUCUAUGGAGUGUAUUUAGGUAUAACACUGUUUUAUCCCUGGUUAUGUUUGUUCUGCAUCAUGUGAAACAUGUUAUGAUUCUUUCUUUUUUUUUAAAUCAUGUAAUCUUUCCUUUUUAAUCUUAGCAGUCGCCAUGCAUCCAUUUCGUUCAGUCCUUCACUUUGCAUUUCCCUCAAAUGUUUGAAACAGUUGAUGAAUAGAUUGUUUCUAUAGUUUCCUUUAGUGCAAUAAUCAGUUGAACCAAGGGAAGAGGAUUUUAGGGGAUUUAAAUGACUCACAAAUACAGUUAACUUUUUCAUUUAAAGGAAGGUGUCCUCAAAAGAAGAAGAGUUUAGCCAUUUUUACAACACUUUCAUGUGAGUCGAAUGUUUUCGGAGUUUGCCCCUCGCUUUUAGGCAAAAAAUGGUGCAACUGCAGUUUUGUUGAUUUUCAUGUUUUUACUUGAAGGAUUAUUUUUUUCUUUUUAGCAACCCUGUGGUGUCAGACUUAGUGAUGAUUUAUGAAUUCCUGAUCAUCAGUUUACUAAUGAGGUUUUAUUUUAAUUCCAAAAGAAUAACUGAACUUUUCACCUGAUAAUGGCCAUAAAGAGGUAGUAUUCAAGUGCCUGGUGGAAACGUUUCAUUGUCAAAAAAAAAAAAAAAAACAAGCUUGUUAUGGGGAUCCCAUUUUACUGGGAUGAAAUGAUCAAAAAGCUUAUUUCAACAAAUGGACAGAGUGAGACGGUUUGAAGCAAGAAAGUUUCACCCGUUGCCUCUUAUUCCUGUCAGCAACUGUAUACUGACUUUUCUAUACAUCUCAUUCACAUCAACCAUGGAUCAAUAUAUUUAUUCUAUUUGCCUGAACAGCAGUGUUUGCUGUUGGCUUUUUUUCAGAGCAGUCUUCUUGCGUCUGAGUUGUCUUUUUGCAUCAUUUUCUCCAGACAUGAAUCCAGCUGCUACAUUGUGUUUGCAACUAGUGGGCCAGGUACAUGGGCACGGUGUUUGCCUCGUUAUAAACAAACUGUUUUCUGCAACCCUUUUCUCUUAGUAUAAAAUCAGAAGGUGUGAUUCCUGCCCCUGUAACUGGCCCGGAGUUGGGACUGGCUUCAUAACACAGCUGAGGAGUCAAGUGGACGACCAGCAUUUUUGCAGCAGAAGCAGUGUUGUUGUGACGUGUUUAUCAGGAUUAUGGUCGCCACGUAGCUCCGCUCCUCCGCUGAUGAUGUGAAGCUUGUUUUGGGGACGUGUUUUUACAAAGUUAUCUGCACUAAUAGAAGCAUGUGUUUCGGGAAUGAACACAGGCAUGGUGCUACUCUGAAUAAGAAAAUGAACCUGAGCCUCUGUAUGUGAGACUCAGUAUGAGCAGGUGGAUAAAGUAAAGAAAAAAAAACAAAAAAAAAAAAAACGACAAACCUCACUAAUUGAAGGACAGUAAAAAGGCGCCUCUGCUGUAGUUGAUGAGGGGAGUUCUGGAUUUGAUUUUUGUUUAGAGUCAGAUCAGCUUAAAUUUAUGAUUUUUAUUUGGGUUUCAUCAGAUUGAGAACUUGUAAACGGUACAACAGAAGACGUUCCCUUGGACUGUGAGGUGUAAUCUAGGGUCCUGUCUCCAGUUGCAUUUGACUGCCUUACACAGGCUAACCUGCCAGUGCGGAGGCCAAUGGGUUUGAGCCUUCAUUAUUUCACUAGUAUCUGAAAGCCUUUUUAAAAAGCCAGAUCAAAAGUAUAUUUGUAUAUUUUAACUUAUGUAAUACACACCACUUAUUUUUGCUAACAGAAAAAAGUAGUUUAAUUAUUAAUCUUAGUAAUUAAUGUAUCAUUAUAAGUAAUGGAUUAAAAGAUAUAACAAAGUUUAUUAUUGCAAUUGACUGUUGACUUGUUCCUGUGUCACUGUAUAACGUAUAGUAUAUGUGUGAACAGUGUUGGGGUUGUUGAAACUAGUGACGUGUGUUUGGACUGUCAUACUGUUAUUGAUAGGGAUGUGGACUUCAGCCACCUCUUUCUUUGAUGUCUGGAAAAAAAAAACACUUGCAAGUUGCUGAAUGCUUGUUUCUCUUGUGGUUUUUGUAGAUUCUCUCACAGGUAGAGGCUUAUCGUAGUGGAGACAAUGCUAAUGUAAUCUGAAAGUCUUUGUAUUGAGACUUUACAACUUUAUUGUGAGGACAAAUGGAAGAGUCGGAUGCUGUAUAGAGCUCAUGCUCGUGAACGUUCUCAGCUUUCCUUCAGGUGGUGCUGACGCCCACUCCUUAUCGAGGCGGGGCAGAGUGGAAAGGAAACGGGAAAGUGGGUUUGAAAGUUUCAGUAAUCGAUUUCAAAGACUCGUGAUCAAAGAAUAAUACAACAAGAGGUAGUAGUUCUCCAUUCCUUUUGCGUUAAAUCCCUGGGGGAUUUGCGUCAGGUUGCAACUUCAAACUGGUUUCCUUUUCUUCGAGCCACUUUGUGAGCACAUAAAUCCAGAGAGUUGGCCUCCCAGUAAAUCCGCGGUGUGACAAAGCCAGUAAUCUUAUUUUUGCUCCCAAACAUUUACUCCCCUUGUGCCAGAGGACUACAUUCCACAGCUGUACAAUCUCAUCCAAUCCCCCACAGGAGGUGCAAGAAAGGUUAGAGCUAAAGGACAAUUUAGUGGACUCUGAUUAACUCAAGAUGUGUGUGUAUUUUGGAAGGAAUUUAAGCUGAUCUAUGAAAGCUGUACAUGGCAGGUUAAAUUGAAAGUUGUAUGGAGGAGUUGAUUGACUUGCUAUAUCUCUGCUGUCUGAAAUGGAUGUUCAGGUUGUGUAAAGUACACACUGAGGGCAGUUAAACACAUGUUUACAUAGCAGAUGUGUUUGCUUGGCUUACAUUUGAAAUGUUAUCAGCUCUACUUUGCAAAUAUCAGCUAGUAGCGACCUUACAUAAGCAAGACCAUUCUGGGCCUGUGGAACUGAAUGUUUGAUUGGAUACCUAGUUAUUACUUAUUUGGCCAAUUUUUCUCCCAAACAUUUGUGUUGCAAACCAGAGGAAAACGUUAUAUUUUCCUCACACUCCUAGCAAAAUGAUUUCUUAGACUCACUAGCAAUACUGACAGGAAUUUAUGAAAGCUAAAGCAAAACAUCUUGUCCACAAAUUGUCUUUAGAAAAACAAAAAUAUCUAAAUUAACUGCAGAAGUCCAGCCACUCUUUCAUUAAUGGAAGUAAAGGUGUUUUACAUUUUUAGUGAGGAUCAGUCUCGCUGCUUUUGGUUGCUGUUUGUAGUGGAAGGUAGCAGAGGAGUGAGAAAAAAAAGUCCACAGAAAGUGCCUUUCCUCUUGAUGGUGCUGUAAAUUGAAAAUGUAAACACAAAGAAAUGGGAUCUCCUCUUGAAAUACAAGUUGCAAUGCAAGUAUGGCUGUGUUUUACACACACUCACUGUACGUGUUUUUCUUCUAGAGAUUGCAACUCAAACGUGUUUCUUGUAUUUAGAUGGUAAACCGAUAUGGAAGUGGAAUUUUAUGCCAAGUAUAUGGUUGUAGUUGAGCUUUUGCUUUGUAGUGCAUUUAUUGUCUUGGACCAAUGGCGUUGUUGGUACAGUGGAAUGUGGGUCUGGGUGGGUUUGUGGGGAUCAGGAUCAGACUUGGGGUGGUUUGGAGGCAGUCAUAUCUGUGACACACCUCAGCCCAUGAAUGACAAACACAGCACAGCACUUUAGAGACUGCCACUCUCACUCAGACACAUAGCCAAGAGGUUUCAAUCUCUGUCCCUCCAGUCCCCUUCUUCCUCUUGGUCAAGGAGAAGAGGAUCCAAACCUCAGAGUCAACGAGGAGUCGAUGGGAUGCAUGUUACCAAACCGUGCGGUUGGUCAUGAAGUGUGCCUCAUGCUCUUGUGACUUUGUUGUUGACUCGGUUGAGUCGGCCUGCUCUCAGGUGGCAGUUUCCUCUUUAGAACCGCCACUCGACGCCUUGUUACAGCUAGGGCUGGGCAUCAGAAACAACAUACAUCUGUACCUCCCAGAUCUUAGGCUGACAUUUUCUAAGCAAGUGAAGAAAAACAGAACUUUUCUCUUAUAAUAACACGUGCUUGAAUCUCUGUUUCAUGUUGAAUAGCACUUAUUUAAGUGUUUUAAAAAGGAAAAAAAAAAAAACAACAAAUAGCCAAAAAUACUUAAAGCAGUCACACAGUGAAGUGUCUUUUCAUGCAAUACUCCAUAUGGAAAAGAAACGAGCAGAUCUGGUGUCAGUAGUGAGACUGUCCUCUCAAUGCCCAGCCUUAGUCACAGCCUUUGGCAUUCUUUCAUCUUAGUGCAAUGCCCUGCCAUGCGUCUCAUCCCUGAUGGAGGGAACACGGGCCCAGCAGUUUCCCUUUCUUGAGCCGAUUUGGCAUCAACUGAAAGCUGAGGACAGUCUGUAGUUCUGUGGGUACCUUUUCAGUCCAAGGGGUGAAAUCUUUCUAUUAUAAGAAAUCUAACAAAAAAAAAAAAAAAAAAACAAACAAAAAAAACAAACACUGCACCUCACUUACCUUGGUAUGCUGCAUAUGUUAUACUACAUGAAA